AUGAGGCAUUCUUCUUUUCUAUUCAUCAGACGAUUCACAAACAUUCACUCAAUCCGUCGUCGUUUAGCUGUAGGUUUCGAUGAUCGAGGCAAUGGGAUUAUGAUGUUUAAAAACUCUAAAGGUGUUGAAGUUGACUUAGUCAAUUAUGGUUCCUAUGGGGUGUAUUUUUCUGCCUACAAUGAAAAUGGUUUUGUAUUGAGCAGUGGUGUUAAAAUUAUUGGACCAUGUGCUGCAUUUCCUCGAAAUGCAUUAUGCUGGCAUGUUAAUAAUGCUCUAGAUAUUACCGAAAAGUCAUUAUCGUUAUUUUUUAUGCUAGAACCUCCAAUCGAAGUUUUGAUAAUUGGUAAAGGAGAAACAAAAAGUAUGGUGGAUUAUCGUAGGAUUUUAGACAUAUGCUGGAAGCAUCGUUUAUGCGUUGAAGUGAUGCCAACGGUUUAUUCUCGUGGAAUGGUAUCUCUAAGUGACAUUUUAUUGCCAUGGGAUCACACACAACAUAGUAAUAGCUUAUUUUUAACAUUCAAGAAUGCAGAUGGAUGUAUUGUUCAUGUACCAGUUACUACAUCGAAUAUUAAUGGUUUAAGAAACAGUUCAGAAUCAUUGGUUAUAGAUCAACUCAAUCAACUAAUGAAUGAAGAGUUUGAUCCUACAGUUCAGGAACAUGGUCCACAUUUGUAUCCUGGAUCAACAUUUUUCCUUGAUAGUAAUCCCCGACCUCGUAGAAAAGUCAAUAUGCAAAGUCAAUUAAUUAGUGAUAUGGUUUCAUUUGAAAAAGAGAAAUCUCCAGAAAAUGAAGAGAAUACAGUAGAUUUAACAACACAAUCAAGCGGUGAAUUUGUUGACUUAAUUGAACUAGAAAAACUAUCCAAUAUGUUUUUUAACAGACGCGUUGAAAUGAAUCUUUCUCAAACUGAUGUAGCACAAUCACUUGCAAAACUUUACGGAGUGCAUCGUAGUGUAUCUUUAGUUUCAAGAUUUGAAAGAAUGGAUUUAAGUUUAAGCAAUUACUUGAAAGUUUAUCCAGUACUGCUAAGAUGGUUAAAGGAUACUGAAACUGCUGAAGGACGCGAUGUAAUUAUUCGAGCUGUUGUCGAUUCUUAUAAUGAAAAUCAAAAUAGUAACAAUGAUAAUGAUGGCAGUGGUAGUGGUGGUGAUGGUGGGGGUUCAGACAACCAUGAGACGACGACGACAGUGAAUACUAAGGACAAUUCUUCUUCUCUGCUGACCGAAUCUAUCUCAGCUGACUUUCAGAAAAGGCGACCAAGAACAAUCUUACCUGAUGAUAUUAAAAUGGAACUGGAGAGACUUUAUCGAAAGAAUCAACGAGUAUCUAAAUAUGAGACUAAAGAAUUAUCUGCGAAAUUCAAUUUAGAUAAGAAGAUUAUAGUAAGUUGGUUCUACAAUCGUCGUGCACGUGAUGUUGCUCAACAAGAGAAAAAGAUGAAACAGCGUAGACGAAGGCGUUGA